CGUCUGCUGCCUCCCAGAUCCAGGACUUGUUCGUGAGCUUCGAGGACACCCCUCUGGGGGCGGCCUCCCUGGCCCAGGUCCACAAGGCGGUGCUGCACGAUGGGCGGACGGUGGCUGUGAAGGUGCAGCACCCAAAGGUGCAGGCGCAGAGCUCCAAGGACAUUCUCCUGAUGGAGGUGCUCGUGCUGGCCGUGAAGCAGCUGUUCCCAGAGUUCGAGUUCAUGUGGCUGGUGGACGAAGCCAAGAAGAACCUGCCUUUGGAGCUGGACUUCCUCAAUGAAGGGAGGAACGCCGAGAAAGUGGCCCGGAUGCUCAAGCACUUUGACUUCUUAAAGGUCCCCCGGAUCUACUGGGAGCUGUCCACCAAGCGCGUGCUCCUCAUGGAGUUUGUGGAUGGCGGCCAGGUCAACGAUCGAGACUACAUGGAGAAGAACGGGAUCGAUGUCAACGAGAUCUCACGCCACCUGGGCAAGAUGUACAGUGAGAUGAUCUUUGUCAACGGCUUUGUACACUGCGACCCCCAUCCCGGCAAUGUGCUGGUGCGGAAGCGUCCGGACACGGGGAGGGCGGAGAUUGUCCUGCUGGACCAUGGACUCUACCAGGUGCUCACGGAUGAGUUUCGCCUGGAUUACUGCCGCCUCUGGCAGUCGCUGAUCUGGACGGACAUGAAGAGGGUGAAGAUGUACAGCGAGCGCCUGGGCGCUGGGGACCUCUACCCCUUGUUUGCCUGCAUGCUGACGGCCCGAUCUUGGGACUCGGUCAACAGGGGCAUCAGCCGAGCUCCGGUCACCACCACAGAGGACUCAGAGAUCCGCAGCAAUGCGGCCAACAACCUGCCGCAGAUCAGCCAGCUCCUCAACCGCGUGCCGCGCCAGAUGCUGCUCAUCUUCAAGACCAACGACCUGCUGCGUGGCAUCGAGGCUGCGCUGGGCACCCGCGCCAGCGCCAGCUCCUUCCUCAGCAUGUCGCGGUGCUGUGUCCGGGCGCUGGCCUGGCACGAGAGGAGGAACACCUGCUCGUUCUUCAGACGGACCCAGAUCUCCUGCAGCGAGGCCUUCACCUUAUGGCAGAUCAGCCUUCAUGAACUCAUCCUGCACGUGAAGGGCUUCCGGCUGGCCCACUGGGUCUUCGCCCUGCUUGGCUGGCUGUUUCCUGCCCUGCACUGAGUGACCCAGCUCUCCCUGACCUCUCUGUGGUCUCUCUUCACUUCCCAGUCUUUAGUCCUGUCCUCACCUAGUUGUCCUCUGUGUGCUACACGGUAUCUGCAGUCCCAGGGUCAGUGGAGUGUCCAACCCACCUUGGAAUUCCUCUGCCCACACUGCAGUCCUCGUCUUAGGGCCCACAAGCAGUCAGUGGGAGACGUUUCUCUCCUGGUCCCAGGAGGAGGUGGAGGAGCCUACUUCCCAUCCUGGUACGUGCCCCUCGCCUCCCCCAACCUUUUCUACCACGGGGCUGGACAGCCUGUACCACGGAGGACACCUUUGACUUGCAGAAAUUUGAUUUUCUUGGAGGUGAGCCCGUCUGAACUUGCUACCGAUCAGGUUCCCUCUGCUUGCCAUAUCGCUCCGCAGAGGUGCCACACCGUUGGCAUGUGAGGGUGGGCUCUGUUGCAUCCGUGAGCCCAUGGCUGUCAUGAUGAUCCUCCCCCCUUGAUGUUUUACAAGCUGUGUUUCAAUAAAAUCCCCUUCCCAAUGGCA